AAAAAAAUUCUUGUUUGGAGAAAAAUUGCCUGCAUAUCUUUCUCUUCUUUGUUCCUUUUUCACUCCUUGAAGAAGCAAGAAGCCAAUGUGGAAAAUCUGAGGAUUUAUGGAUCAUUUCCCCUGAACUCUCUUUCCCUACUCCAUCAGGAGCACCUGUUCGACUUAGUACCGCAGCCUCAAGAAGUUUAGGAAGAUGAACCAGACAGAAGCCGGAUUACUGUUCUCCAACAGCAGUGACUCUAUAGGAAGUAUCUUGGGGUGCUGCACCCAGGCUUCCGUUGUAACAGACGAUGGAUUUGAGGUGCCUUCUCUUGACGAGAGGAACCUGUUUAUCAUGCGAGUGGUUCAGAUCGCGGUGAUGUGCGUUCUGUCCCUCACGGUGGUGUUUGGGAUCUUCUUUUUGGGAUGCAACCUUCUCAUCAAAUCCGAAGGGAUGAUAAACUUUUUGGUCAAGGACAGGAGACCUUCAAAAGAAAUCGAAGCGGUCAUCGUCGGCCCCUAUUAGUGAGUAAAAAUUCACUCUGAUGUUGUCAAAGAGGUGUUCCGAGCAACACAGUUUGCCUUUUUGUGAUGUCCGCGUCCCAUCUGUCGGAGAAAUCAAAAUCAAACCAAAAAAAAAAAAAGGAGAGCAGAUUUCUCACGGACGGUGCCGGACCGAGGGACAAAGAUGUGUCGAACGUUUAUUCGUUUAUUUCAAUUUUGGCUGAAAAAUCUGGGAGAUCGUCUGGGGGGAAGUGAGAAUGAAGCUGCAACUGACAUUUGUGGUGGAAAUACAAUUUUUAGCUGCACUUUAAACAAGAACCACCUCACCCCUCCUUCAUCCGAAGCAGAACUAGUGAGAAUGUAUUCUAUAUCAGUAUCCGGCACAGACAUGUACAUCUUGCUUCAUACUGGACAGAGGGAUUCCUUACACUGAUUGUAAUAACUUUAUUACCCCUGCCUGACUUUCCUAAGAGAACUUUCAUACAAUGACUCCGAGGCAUUGUUAAUCGGGGACUGUUACAUUUUUUUGUGAAAAAUUCUCACUUUGCUGUUGCUUUUUUUUAACAAAAGAGAAAAACUUGAGAAUGUCUCUUUAUUUCUUUACUGUAAGGUGAUUUGUAUAUCUCUACUAAUUUGUACAGUUUUCGGUAACUUAUAUUUAUUCCCUGGCUUUUUUUUUCUGCCUCAGUACCGACUGUUUUGCUUUUAUCCCUAAAUACUGAAAUUGGAAUGCUAACAUGUCUAUCCUAUUUAUAUACACAUAUUCCCCAUCUAUCUAAGAGGCAUCGUUGAUCGGUUGAUUCCCAUUAUAGUGUUUUGUAUUCUUUCAAUAGGCUUUGGUGCUUCCACUCUUUUUGAAAAUAUUUCUCGAAUGAUGGAUACAAAGUGGACGGAAGAGGUUAUUAUAAUGUCCAAACGGUCACAAAAGUGAUUGCUGAGGCAAUUUAGCCCCAUAAUCAAAGCAUGACUAGUGCAAAUUCAGGAAAUGGAAUUGUUUUUUUUUCUAUUUAAGAUGAAUUAAAAACAAGAAAAAGGCUGAAUUAAAAUCCAAUUUUUAAAUAUUGUGCUCAACUUUUAUUCUAGUCAGACACUGUUUCCCAACAGUUCAUAAUGUCUGAAUGUUUUUUAUCUUGAUAGACUUAUUUUUUUUCGGGGGACGGGGAGCUCUAUGUAUUACAGGUAUCAGAUCCCUUAUCCAGAAACCCAUUAUCCAGAAAGUUCCAAAUUAUGGAAAGGCUAUCUCCCAUAGACUCAAUUUUAAUCAAAUAAUUCACAUGUUUUCCCUUUUCUCUGUAAUAAUAAAACAGUACCUGUACUUGAUCCCAACUAAGAUAUAAUUACCCCUUAUUGGGGGCAGAACAGCCCUAUUGGGUUUAUUUAAUGGUUAAAUGAUUCCCUUUUCUCUGUUAUAAUAAAACAGUACCUGUACUUGAUCCCAACUAAGAUAUAAUUACCCCUUAUUGGGGGCAGAACAGCCCUAUUGGGUUUAUUUAAUGGUUAAAUGAUUCCCUUUGCUCUGUAAUAAUAAAACAGUACCUGUACUUGAUCCCAACUAAGAUAUAAUUACCCCUUAUUGGGGGCAGAACAGUCCUAUUGGGUUUAUUUCAUGGUUAAAUGAUUCCCUUUUCUCUGUAAUAAUAAAACAGUACCUGUACUUGAUGCCAACUAAGAUAUAAUUACCCCUUAUUGGGGCCAAAACAACCCUAUCAGGUUUAAUUCAUGCUUGAAUAAUUUUUUUUAGUAGGCUUAAGGUAGGAGAUCCAAAUUACGGAAAGAUCCCUUAUCUGGAAAACCCAAGAUCCUGAGCAUUCUGGAUAACGGGUCCUAUACCUGUACAUUAAAACUCAAUAUUAGGUUGACAUUUUUAAAUUGUUCUUAUUUAACCAUUGUGGGCGGGGCUUCAAAUAUUGCAUUAUUUUGUUUCAAACAUUUGGUUGAAAUGUUUCUUGUUCAAAAACUGUUUUCCAUCAGUUCAUGAUGUUCAAAUUGCUUAUUUUAUUGAAACUGUUUUUUUUUUGGGGGGGGUGCCAAAUAUUUCAUUAAAAUCAAAUUUUCUAUAUAUAUUUGUUUUGGAAACACUCUUUCCCAAUAGUUCAUAGUAUUCCUGUUUUUAUAUUACUGUAAUGACUUUUUUUGGGGAGUGGAUAAAAAGAUUAAAAAAAAUAAUAAUUCUG